CUAAAUUGUUCUAUCUCUUGUACGGCGAACAUGGAUUCUGUGACGUCGGUUCCUGUUCCUGGGGAUCGCAGUCAAGAAGAGAAUUCUGGUUUAGUGCGUCAGGAACAUGAUGGAGCCACAAUAUCCGACAAUGGCGACGACUCGGCUUCUGCCCCGGAGGACGAUGCAAUGAGUGAGGAGCUGAUAACUGGACGAGAGCUGGCUCAGAGUUCAGUAAUUGAAGAACAUAAACAAGGCCAGUACUCGUGGAUACCUUGGCUCAAGACAACUCAGGCUGUGAGCGACCCAGCUUCAAUAGUCGUGAGUGAUAAUGGGAAGAACCGUUGGGGCAAACAGAUACCACGCAUUGAACCAGUCCGAAACUUAGGUACAGACGCCGACGUCGUCGAUGGACUUUGCGUUAUGUGUCGAUGGAUGCUUGAUCAUUUGCGCUUUAUCUUCGAUAAAAUUCCCUUUGAUCAUCGAAGAUGGUGGGCUUUUGAAAUAGAACUUGGACUCUGGAGUACCAGACAACUGCUGACACAUGCUUCGAAAGCAGGUUGCCGGUUGUGUCAGAGAACAGAAUUAUUCUGGGACAGGGCGUCAGAUGAUGAGGAUGUCCUUAUACGAACUUUGAUUAGUGUGCCAGGAAAGGAAUUGCUCCAGCUGGAAACUAUACAAAUUUUACAAGAUAAUACUUGCGGGCAAUCUGCGAAGUUGAGUUUCUAUGCUAUUAGUAAGUUCAAGUCAUUUUCUUUUCCGAAAACUUGUUUCUUGGAUACUGUGAAUCUGAAGUCUAAUAUAGAUAGGCUCAUGCAACCAUGAAGCUCUCCCAGAUCUUCCCAUAGAUCAGGCACUACAUUUUCUUGAAACGUGCGAUAGGGAGCAUCAGAUGUGCCAGAAGCCAAGUGGAAAUGUCAAAUUACCAACAAGAUUACUGGAUAUCCAAACAGGGAGUAUACGACUUUGUCAAUCAAGUCAUCUUCCGCAGAAUAUCAAAUAUGCAACUUUGAGCCAUUGCUGGGGCCCGGACGGCGUCGCGUUUAAGCUCACCAAUGCCUUACUUGAUAGUUUUCAACAAGGAAUCAAUCAAGAAUCGCUGCCGAAGACUUUUCGGGACGCAAUUCUCAUAUCAACGCAUUUGGGAACAACACAUCUAUGGAUUGAUUCGCAAUACAUCAUUCAAGACGAUCCUGAAGAUUGGAGAAAAGAAUCCGUAAAGAUGAGCGAGGUUUACGGAAAUUCGUAUUUCAAUAUCGCUGCAUCCUGUGCCAAAAAUGGAAGUGAAGGCUGCUUUCUUAGUCAAAGCAGAUUGAGAGGUCUUAGAGUCCAAGCCAAAGCCAAAGCCAAAAUGAUAAAAGAUGAAUUUAGGUACCAGGAUUUUGAAGUGAUACCAGAAUAUAUAGUAUUUGAGUCAAUACAUAACAGUGUACUGGCAAAACGUGGAUGGGCAUUUCAAGAACGAUUACUUUCUCCUCGGACAUUACAUUUUGCAGAAUUCCAAUUGUUCUGGGAAUGUAACAUACACAUCAGCUGCGAAAGCUUCCCUGAGGGGAUUCCCGAAAGCCUGCUAAAUAUACAAUCUUCCAUCAACAAGGGAAAACUCUCAGACUGUUGAGAUAAUAUUGUUUUUGCUUACACCCAGCUACAGUUCUCGUUUCCCGCGGAUUUUCUAGUGGCAUUAUCGGGAGUGAUUAGAUAUCUAGAAGAACAGAGACAGGACAAAUGCAUUGCAGGAAUUUGGCAAAUAGCGCAGAAACUGGUCUUCUUUGGUGCAGAUCCACGCCAAACAAAACAGCAGAUACGAUAUAUAUCGCUCCAAGUUGGUCUUGGGCUUCGGCUGGUAGUGAUGGUGCCAGUAUAUAUCCCCCAGCCUGCUGUCAAAGAAACUGCCAGACGAACUGUUGGUCAAAGUUCGGAGCAUGCAUGUAGGACCCGUUGGAAAAGAUCGCCUUGGCCAACUGACCGGAGACUCACUCUUGCUCUCAUGCAGAAACCUUUUAGAAGCACAUAUUUUGCCUUCCGCGUUUGGCGGCCCGGGAAGGACCUACUACAUGACCUUCAAGUUUACGGUGUGGGCUGAAGACAGAUGUUUGGAUGCAUUGGGACGGGCCAAUCAACAAUGACUCUACUUUCUUUUUCGUACCCAUCUGCAACGUUGACAUCGAAGGAUAUUACGGUCAGUCGGGUUUGGCUAUUGUCCCAACAGGUAUUUCCAGGGGUCAAUACAAGCGAGUUGGGUGCUAUAGGAAGUUGAUUCUCCCUAGGCUGAGCAGCAGCUUUGAAGAUAUCAAACUGAGAGCAGGAGAAGAAGCUUUCUUACACUACGAAGAGCAUAGAGAUGAGCAUUGGGGCGUAAUCGAAAUCAUCUAAUCUCAAGUGCCACUUGAUAUCAUCUACUAGGAAAUACCAUGCGGAUACACUCAUACGGACAAGGAGAGUGAGGCUUUUGUGAGGGGAAUAUCAUGUUUUUUGUGUUUUGUAUUCUGGUUUUGGCGGCUGAGCGUCUUGGGAUGUCAGGAGGAAUAGGGUCAUGAUCGGGUCUAUUGUACGCGGCAGGGAGGUUGUGUGGGAGAGAUGCUUUAAUGGCCUUGAGCGUUUUGCGUUGAUUUGAAGUUUGAAUUUAUUAUUUUCUGUGUUCUCCUUGUUUCCACACUCAAGUCUUGAAUUCAAUGCGUUUUUGCUCUAUGUUAAGCGAGAGAAUACUUGAUUAUUACUGGAUGUGAAUAAAGCAUCGCCAGAUACGCGUACUGGAGUUGAAAAGGUGGGUAAGGUGACGUGUAUGGACGGAAUCACUGUAUUCAGUCUACGAGCGCCAUGUGCUGUGCUUACAGGGAUAUAUG